AUAAAAUUGCGAAUGAUCCUUCCCGGCCUCCGUCGUGUCUCCAACCGGCGCUAUCCUUGCCGUCACUUUCUUGACUUCCCAUCCCACUCCUGCGUAGCUCUGAUCCCGGCUUUCUGCUUCUCUCUCCUCUUCGGUCUUUUCUGGAUACCAUGUCGGAGUACAACGCGGUACCUCCGCCCGUCCCCGGGGCUCCUCUGCCCGGACAGGCGGCUGUGGGGAACGGAGCGGGGGGCGCCAAGAAGGAUGCGUUUGCGGACGCGGUGCAGCGGGCCCGGCAGAUCGCAGCUAAGAUCGGGGGCGACGCUGGUCCUCCUGUGAACAACAGCACUGCUCCAGAUAGUUUUCCCUUCACUGCGCAGAAACGACAGCUAGAGGACACAAAUACUGAUGAGCCAGAGAUCAAGAAGCUGGCUGCUCAGAGUGACUUGGAGUCAGCCAAAGCGCUGUCUAUUGGUGCACAGCUAGCUGCUCUUGCACAGCAAAGACCCACCUCCACCACCGAGGAGUACAGUGUUCCAGACAGUAUGGUGGGACUCAUUAUUGGCCGUGGAGGUGAACAGAUCAAUAAGAUUCAGCAAGAGUCGGGUUGCAAGGUUCAGAUAGCUCCAGACAGUGGAGGUCUUCCAGAGAGAAACGUCUCCCUCACAGGGACACAAGACUCCAUACAGAAAGCCAAGAGGCUGCUAAAUGAGAUAGUCUCCCGAGGAAGAGGUACUCCCCCUCUUUCUUCUUAUCAUGACUCCAGCAACGGGCAGAACGGCGCAGUUCAUGAGAUGAUGAUCCCAGCCGGCAAGGCCGGCCUAGUCAUCGGCAAGGGAGGAGAGACCAUCAAACAGCUACAGGAGCGUGCAGGGGUCAAGAUGAUCCUAAUCCAGGAUGCCUCUCAGGGACCCAACGUUGACAAGCCUCUGCGCAUUAUUGGAGAUCCAUACAAAGUCCAGCAAGCCCAGGAGAUGGUGCAGGAGAUUCUGAGGGACAGAGACCAAGGCGGCUACAGCGAAAGAAGCGAAUUCAGCUCCCGAAUGGGAGGCGGCAUGGAUAUCCCAGUACCACGACACUCGGUGGGUGUGGUCAUUGGACGCAAUGGAGAGAUGAUCAAGAAAAUUCAGAAUGAUGCCGGAGUCAGGAUACAGUUCAAACAAGAUGACGGGACUGGUCCAGAUAAGAUCGCACACAUCAGUGGUCCGCCUGAACGCUGCGAGCACGCGGCUCAGAUCAUCAACGACCUGCUGCAGAGCAUCCGGGUCAGAGAGGAGGGACAGGGGGGUCCCCCAGGUCCUCCAGGAAUGCCUUCAGGCAAUAGGGGGCGAGGUGGGGGACAAGGCGGUUGGGGUCCCCCCGGAGGGGAAAUGACCUUCUCUAUUCCCGCCCAAAAGUGUGGGCUUGUGAUUGGCAGAGGAGGAGAGAACGUCAAGUCCAUCAACCAGCAGACGGGGGCAUUCGUGGAAAUCUCUCGACAGCCACCCCCCAACGGAGACCCCAACUUUAAGCUUUUUAUCAUUCGUGGGUCCCCGCAGCAGAUCGACCACGCCAAGCAGCUCAUUGAGGAGAAGAUCGAGGGUCCACUGUGUCCUGUGGGCCCGGGGACAGCUGGGCCAGGUCCUGCUGGGCCAAUGGUUCCUUACAACCCAAACCCCUACAACCCCGGACCGCCUGGGGCUCCUGGACCUCCACAUGGUGGUCCUCCAGGUCCUCCCCAGUACAGCUCGCAGGGCUGGAGCAACACCUACCAGCAGUGGCAGCCCCAACCACCACAUGACCCCAGCAAGGCAGCAGCCAAUGACCCCAAUGCAGCCUGGGCGGCCUACUACGCUCAGUACUACCAGCAGCCAUCGGGGGCUGCGCCAGCCCCGUACCCCGCAAACCAGGCUGGAGGUGCCCAAGCUGCAGGUGACCAGACCCAGGCUGCACAGACACCGGGGGGCCAGCCGGACUACACCAAGGCCUGGGAGGAGUACUACAAGAAGAUGGCCCAGGCAGGCAGCUCUAUACCCGGUACAGCAGCUGCAGCUCCAGGAGCAGCAGCAGGAGGAGGAGGAGGUUCAACAUCCACAACAGGAGGCCAGCAGGACUACAGCGCAGCUUGGGCGGAGUACUACAGGCAGCAGGCUGCGUACUACGGACAAACAGGACAGCAGCCCUCCGGCCAGCCGGCCAAUCCCCAGCAGGGACAGAUGCAGUGAGAGUUCGUGGCAGAAGACGGGAUAAAGAAGAGGGCUCUGAAGGCCAGGAUCGAUCCCUUUAUUCAUAUAUAUUGUAUCCGUUGCAACUACAAGUGAAACGCUUCCCCACAUGUGAACAUCUGGAUCCUUUUUUUGAUAAUAAUGUGAACUGAACCCGAUGCUCCUGUGCUUCGCUGCUGACGGGAGGGAAAAGACUGAUUAAAUGCGAUCAUUUCACAGAGCUACUCAGAGCUGCCUGAGCGUAGAUUUAAAUACUCACGGGAGCCCCGGAGUGCUUAUUCCAUUAACAGAGUUUUCAGCACAUCUCAGUCAUCCCGUAGCCCCAUUUUAAAGUACUCACCUUCAUAUCCCAGUGUUGUAUUAACUGACUUGCACAGAGCUUUUAGG